UCUUACCACAAAAGUUCGUGUUUGUAGCCGCUGACAAGUGAUUUAAGUAAUCUAAUUCUAAAAAUGUGAAUUGAACAAGUUUUACCACUCAGUGUGAUAUUUCUAUGCAUGGUCUUAAUUUCCUCGCACGCUUGAAGUCAAAAGUUUUCGUUAUAAUUCAUGGUUCAUCGAAGCAGACGACUGACCCGUGUCAUCCCGUGUUUUGUCGACCUCUCAGUGAAAUGCUAAUUAGGUAUGAGUUUUCAUCGCAGCGCUUUGUUUCACUCAUUUCAUGCCGUACUGUAUAUUCGCUUUUUAAUGCAGAGGCAAGAUUUUGAAGAUUCAGCUUAUAGCGUUCCGAUAGCGCUCAUCAUCACCCUUGAUUCAUCUAUUAUCAAAUCUGGUGUUCGUGUUUUGAGGUUAGCUCUCACACCUCUUAUCUGCCAUGGACGGAGCCAGCAGAAAUACCCGAUUUAAAAUGGAAGGAGUCGGAUCUCGAGUGAUCAGAGGACCUCAUUGGAAGUGGGGUAAACAGGAUGGCGGAGAAGGUCAUGUAGGCACUGUUCGGAAUUUUGAAUCUCCGGAAGAAGUUGUAAUUGUUUGGGACAAUGGGACCGCUGCCAACUACCGCUGUGCCGGAGCUUAUGAUUUACGUAUUUUAGACAGUGCUCCCACUGGAGUCAAACAUGAAGGUACUAUGUGUGACACUUGCCAUCAGCAACCAAUCUGUGGCAUACGAUGGAAAUGUGCAGCUUGUGAAAACUUCGACCUUUGCUCAACCUGUUAUCACGGGGAUAAACAUAUCCUGCGGCACAGAUUUCACAGAAUGACAACCCCCGGCAGUGAAAGAGUUUUAAUGGAGCCAAGGCGGAAAAGCAAGAAGAUUACUGUGCGAGGUAUUUUUCCUGGUGCCAAAGUUGUGCGGGGUGUUGAUUGGCAGUGGGAAGAUCAGGAUGGCGGUGGAGGUCGCAGAGGAAAAGUCAAUGAAGUUCAGGACUGGUCUGCAGCUUCACCAAGGUCAGCUGCUUAUGUUGUCUGGGAGAAUGGAUCUAAAAAUUUAUAUCGUGUGGGGUAUGAAGGUAUGGCUGACCUAAAAGUUGUCCAAGAUGGUAAAGGAAUGAAUGUCUACAAGGAGCACCUACCUCUCUUAGGUGAGCAGGGACCAGGUAUCUGUGGUCCGCAUGGUCUUCAAAUAGGAGAUCAAGUCAAUGUAGAUCUAGAAUUUGAAAUAGUUCAAUCCCUGCAACAUGGGCAUGGAGGAUGGACUGACAGCAUGCGAGAGUGUCUGUCGAGCACGGGCUCAGUUGUUGGUAUUGAUGAAGAUCAUGAUAUCGUAGUCUCUUAUCCGAGUGGAAAUCGGUGGACUUUUAAUCCAGCUGUAUUGACCAAACUACCACUUAGCACAAGUAGUGUGUUUGGCAAUAGAGCUCCGCAAAGUCAGCAGUGCCAAUUUGCUGUUGGAGACUUGGUACAGAUCUGCACAGACGUAGAAAGGAUUAAGAUCCUACAAAAAGGUCAUGGUGAAUGGGCUGAAGCAAUGGCUCCUACUCUUGGCAAAGUUGGAAGAGUACAACAGAUUUAUCAUGAUAAUGAUCUUAAGGUGGAAGUGUGUGGUACAUCAUGGACCUAUAACCCUCUUGCAGUGACUAAAAUGGCUCCAGCAGAUGGCUCGUUACCCGAUAGUUCUAAUGGUGAGCAGCUGAGUGCGUUAUUGAAGAAACUUUUUGAGACUCAUGUACCUGGAGAUGUUAAUGAAGAACUUGUUAAAGCUGCUGCCAACGGUGAUGCCCAAAAGUGCGAGGAUGCAAUCAUGAUCUCAGAGGCUGAUGUAAAUGGUAUUUUCAGCGGGCACACAGCUCUGCAAGCUGCAAGUAGAAAUGGACACAUAGAUGUUAUAAAAAUUUUACUCAAUCACCAUGCAGAUGUUGAAAUGGAAGAUAAAGAUGGUGAUCGUGCCGUUCACCAUGCUGCAUUUGGUGAUGAACCAGGCGUUGUUGAAUUGCUGGCCAACGCCGGAGCGGACUUAAAUGCGCGUAACAAGCGGCGUCAAACAGCAUUGCAUAUAGCUGUCAACAAAGGCCAUGCUGGUGUUGUCAGAAUUCUGUUAGAUCGUGGCUGUCAUCCCAGUUUGCAAGACUCUGAGGGUGACACUCCAUUACAUGAUGCCAUCUCUAAAAAACGUGAUGAUAUGUUAGUAUUGCUGUUAGAUCGCAAUGCUGACAUCACUCUAACAAAUAAUGACGGAUUCAAUGCUCUUCAUCAUGCUGCUUUAAGAGGUAAUCCAAGUGCUAUGUCUACAUUACUAUCUAGAUUACCCAGACGAUGGGUGGUGGAUGAAAAGAAGGAUGACGGUUAUUCAGCAUUACAUCUAGCCGCUCUUAAUAAUCACAUUGAGGUUGCAGAGUUGCUAGUGCAUCAUGAAGCUGAUAUAGACUUGCAGAAUGUCAAUCUUCAGACAGCACUGCAUUUAGCUGUCGAGAGACAGCACACUCAAAUUGUUCGCUUACUCGUCAGAGAGGGGGCCAAUUUGAACAUUGCAGACAAAGAUGGCGAUACCCCUUUGCAUGAGGCUUUGAGGCACCAUACACUCUCACAAAUCAGACAGCUCCAAGACGUUCAAGAUGUUGGUAAACUUCUUGUUGGCUUAGGGAGUCAAGGUGCUGAUAAAAAAUCAUCCGCCUCAAUUGCUUGUUUACUUGCUGCCAAUGGUGCCAAUUUAACAAUCAAAAACAAAAAAGGGCAAACGCCAUUAGAUUUGUGUCCAGAUCCUAAUCUCCUCAAAACAUUGACACAGUGUCAGAAAGACAAAGAAGUUGAUCAUGUAGAACCACGAAGACCCAACAGCACUGAAGGUGUUGCCAUGGAUGAGUGUUUGGUUUGUUCAGACCUUCGUAGAGAUACUCUAUUUUCUCCUUGCAACCAUGUAGCUUGCUGCUCUAUCUGUGCCCCACGAGUGAAAAAGUGUCUUAUUUGUCGUCAGCAAGUGAGUGCCCGAACAAAAAUUGAAGAGUGCGUUGUCUGCUCCUGCAAGAGAAGUUCAGUUCUCUUCAAACCAUGCAAUCACAUUGUAGCAUGUGAAAAUUGCGCACCAUUGAUGAAAAAGUGUGUUGACUGUCGUGUUCAGAUCGAAAAAAUAAUCCCAUAUUCUGUAUGUUGUGGUGGUAUCGGUAAAAUCUCCGAAGUCAAGCCUGAUACAGUUCACGAAUCUAUUGCAAGUGCCCCUGAGCCAAUGACGACCAACUCUUGUCAAUUAAUGAACAACGGGAGCCGAGACACUUCCACUUAUGAUUUGGAAAAAUUACAGCAGCAGCUUCAAGAUAUUAAGGAGCAAACCAUGUGCCCUGUGUGUCUUGACAGGUUGAAAAAUAUGAUUUUCCUUUGUGGGCAUGGAACUUGCCAGAUGUGUGGGGAUAAAAUGUCUGAAUGUCCCAUUUGUAGGAAAUCAGUUGAAAAGCGCAUACUUUUGUAUUAGCCACUUAGGUAUAGUUCCAAUUUUUCAUCUAUAAUCUCAGCCACUUAAUAAUGUCUAUCAUUAUGUCCGAAGUAGACACUUAGACAGCACAUCAGUGUUAAAAUUUUAAAAAAGUAAUGUCGAAUCUGAAGUUAAAAAGAUCUCUCAUUUCAGGAUAAAAUCAAGCAUGUAUAUGAGAUGCCUUAUUUUAUUCGAAGUAAAUGAACAUUAAUUUGAAAAUUACUUAGGAACGAAUAGUUUCAUCUUCUGUGAAGUAUAAUUAUUCACCUUUCACCGAAAAUAAUUCUGUAAGUGUACCUUGUCAAAAGUUAAAUGUCCUAGCAGUCUGUAGAACUCGGAGUACAUAUUUCUCAGAAUAUUUCUUGUCCAUGAUGAUAAUUAUGCAUGACCAAUAUGCACUUAAAAAUGUUGUUGUUUAACAUGAGUACCAAGCAGGUACAUUGAAAAUGCACUAUGAUUUUAUGGGGGGAGUUUUAUUUUUAAACAUUUUUUGCUUACAGUAGGGUAGAGAAUCAAAAUUGAGAAGAAUCUGAACAUGGAUGGAGUUGUAUCAGCAAUGCAGUCCAAAGAACCUUAAUGACUGAAGUAAAUAUCAGUGAGCUCAUGAAUCUUACAAAAGCUCUUAUCUUCGAAAAUUUCAAAUGGACAUUAUUGAAUCGGUGACAGAAAGGUGAGGAGGAUACCAUGGUUAGAGACUAUUUUUCGUUUCUUGCAUUUAAGGUUUUAGGAGAUGUAAUUUCUAGAUCUUUCUCUCAGACUCACUAUUUUAAAUUUAUUUUUAAUUACACAACAUAAAAUUUUUUGGCCUUAUUCUUCUUAGAAGCAGUUAUUUCUUUUAAUUUGUUUUUUUAUUUUUUUAAAAACUAUCUAGGCUCUCUUAUUGUUACUUUAUCUCAUGACUUUUGUAAGUACGUUGUCAUUUUUUUGCACUGAUUAUCUACAUCUUAAUUAUUUGACGGAACAUCAAUCCAUCCUCUAAAAUUUUCGAUAUUGCAUUAUCGAAUGUGUACUCCUGAAAUUUUUGACUCAGCUUUAAUUAUGAGCUUUCAGAAUUUCCAGGUAGGUAGCAUAAUUCACAUGCAGGAAUCAGUAGCAAAAGAGUUACCACAGAAAUUCAAAUCAGAAUUAUUCUCUCAAAAUACAAAGUUGGAAGUUGCCACAAAUUACAUGUCUGCCAUAUUUGUUGGUGUGCUACACAGAUUCUUGUGCUGUUUUGCAUCCAACAUUUUUUUUACAUAGCUCUUUUUUAUGUGCUGCCCAGGGCUCAGUCACAGAUCUGCUUUUUGGUGAUGUAUAAGAAAUACUAGAUAGAGUGAAAUUACAUAACAGACACAAGAGAACCCUUGAGGACUAGAUGCAAAUAAUUAUGAAAAAUAUUUAAGUAGUUUAAUUAUUUAUGAUCAUUGUGACUUUAGUGUAUAUAAUAUUCAUAAGACUCAUAAUAGAGUUCAUGUGUAAAGCAAUGAGAAUUACUUGAGCUUAAAGUGCUCGGUGCUAAGACUGGAUUCCAGUGUAAGUAGUUAUGUUGAUUACUGUUCUGUAAUUUACAUGUACAUCACUAAUUUUACAUAAUUACCUAGCUAUUCUUUAUAAGAAGUAUCUCCGGUUAUUAAUUGCGUCCCGAUUUUAUGGUACGUAUGUGUCAAAUGUCUUAUGUCAGAAAUGGUGAUGUUCAUUAUUCAUUUUUUUUUUUUGAAUAUUUAGUCAACAAACUUUUAUUAUUUGAGUGUUCUGCAGUGUAACUAAAUCAUAUGAACCAAAGUUUAUUGUACAUAUAUCAAUGGAUUACUAUUAGAAUAAGAUUUGGAAAUUCUAUUUUAUAUUGUCUAUGCUCUGCAAUUGUUGCCAGUUUUGUUGGGAAUGAAACCCCUCUCAUCUGAACUAUCAUCCAAGAAAGAAAAAAAACUUUCCAUCAAGACAAUAUGUUGCCAGACAAGAUCUCUUUCGUACGAUGGCAUCUAUUGGUUAUCUUUAAGAACUUGUGUGGACAAUCAUGGCAAAAUGUCUUGCACAAUGACAUGAAAAACAUUUGCAAAAAUAUAAUUUUCAAUAGUCCUCCCGGGACUUUAUUUUGAUAUUAGCUUCUUGCACAUUUAACUGCAGGUGUCUCUACAUAGGCCUAGCCCAUUUUUCUACAUGGAGAGUUUUCUCUCAUUUUGGCGUCUAUAAUGUCAGGUCUCAAUUUUUAGAAUACCCUUUCCACCGAUCAUAUAACUUUGUUUCAAAUUGGCUUUUAUUUUACAGGAAGGUAGCACCAAAAUUAUAAACAGGUCUAAUCUGAAUCAAACACGAUGCUUAAUAGGAAAA